AAUUUGAAAUAAUUAAGAGCAGGAAAACUGCUUUCCCUUUCCAGAAGUUAAUACAUAUAAACCACAUCUUCUAUCUUCUGCUUCACUCUCUCUCAUUGUCAGUCCCUCCCUCUGCAAGAUCUCCAACUAAAUCUUUGCCACAAUCAACCCUUUAAGGAGGCAAUAAACCCUUGGUAGAGAAGACAAUGGAGGAAACAAGUUUGAUAAAGUUGGUAUUAUUUGUGAUAGUGGCAUUGUUGAGUAUAUCCAUUACAAAAGCAGAUGACCCUUAUAAAUUUUUCACCUGGACAGUAACUUAUGGAAAUAUUGCUCCAUUGGGUGUUCCUCAACAGGUCAUUCUCAUCAAUGGUCAAUUUCCUGGACCUAAGCUUGAUUGUGUUACAAAUGACAACAUUGUCCUCAAUGUCAUCAAUAAAUUGAAUGAACCCUUCCUUCUCACUUGGAAUGGAAUUAAGCAAAGAAAGAACUCAUGGCAAGACGGUGUAUUGGGAACCAACUGCCCAAUCCCUCCAAACAAAAACUUCACAUACAUCUUCCAGCCUAAGGAUCAGAUUGGUUCUUACACUUAUUUCCCAUCAACUGGGUUGCAUCGCGCUGCUGGUGGAUUUGGAGCCCUUAAUGUCCAGUCUAGGCCUCGGAUCCCCAUCCCUUAUGCCAACCCUGCUGGUGACUUCAGUUUGCUUAUUGGUGAUUGGUUCAAAACCAACUACAAGACCCUACAACAAGGCCUGGAUGCAGGAAAGGCUCUUCCAUUCCCUGAUGGCUUGCUUAUAAAUGGCCAGACUCGGAGUUCCUUCACAGGAGAACAAGGGAAAACAUACAAGUUUAGAGUCUCAAAUGUGGGAUUAUCGACGUCAUUCAACUUCAGGAUCCAAGGUCACAAAUUGAAGGUGGUAGAAGUUGAAGGAUCUCAUGUUAUUCAAACUCUGUAUGAUUCUAUAGACGUGCACGUGGGUCAGUCUCUGUCGAUCCUUGUGACCUUAGAUCAGGCACCCAAAGAUUACUACAUAGUUGCAUCCACACGUUUCACAAAAAUAGUUCUUACUGCCACUGGAGCUCUCCACUACUCGAACUCUCAAGCGCAAGUAUCAGGACCUUUGCCUUCUGCCCCUGCUGGGGAAUUCCAUUGGUCCAUGCAACAGGCCAGAACCUUCAGAUGGAAUCUGACAGCAAAUGCAGCUAGACCCAACCCUCAGGGAUCUUUCCACUAUGGAACAAUCCCAAUUUCAAAAACCUUUGUGUUAGCCAACUCAGCACCUGUUAUCAACGGAAAGCAGCGUUAUGCUGUUAAUCAGGUGUCUUUUAUCAAUCCUGAUACCCCUCUGAAGCUCGCCGAUUACUUCAACAUUCCUGGAGUUUUCAGCUUGAAUUCCAUCCAAAGUAACCCAUCUGGCGGUGCUGCAAGGCUUGGCACUUCUGUUUUGGGUGUUUCUCACCAUGACUUCAUUGAGGUUGUCUUCCAAAAUGACGAGAAUGCCAUGCAGUCUUGGCAUCUUGAUGGUUAUGAUUUCUGGGUCGUUGGUUUUGGUGCUGGUAAAUGGAAUCAAGGGAGUCGGAAGAGUUACAAUCUAAUAGAUGCUCUCACCAGACAUACCACUCAGGUAUAUCCGAAUUCUUGGACAGCGAUAUUGGUCUCGUUGGAUAACCAAGGUAUGUGGAACCUGAGAUCUGCAAUGUGGCCGCGGCAAUAUGGUGGACAACAACUCUAUCUGAGGGUGUGGAACACUGUUCAGAGCCUUGCAAACGAGUACAAUCCCCCUACAAAUGUUCUUCUUUGUGGAAAAGCAGUUGGACGUCAUCCUUAAACAACACAUAUAGAUGAUCAUUCUAGUUAAUCAUCAUAAUACUUACUACUAUAGGUUUAUUGAUCAGUCAUCAGAGUUUGACUGUGAGUUAGAAAGAUCAAAGAUGAAGCGGGAAAUAUUCUUAUUUUGCAUUCUCGGGCCUUCCCCCUCUUGUAAUAUGUAUAUUGAUUAAUUUAUUUCUUUAAUUAGAAAGGAAAUCAAAGUUUCUUAA